AUGACAAGCACAGAGAACGGCACCAGCCGGCCGUGGGCCGAUGGGCCAUUUGAUCUAAUUUCCAUUGCAUCACUGGGCUACAAGCCCGGGGAGACGGUUGAGCCAUACCACUCCAUGGCCGCGGAAAUGAUUAUCGUCCAUAAUUGCUUGAUACGAGGCAUCAAUAGCGUCUAUCUCCAGUGCGUCAAUGUGGAACGUUCAUCGGCUAGUGUUCCGGCAUUCAUCAAAUACGCAAGCUCAUGGGGCCAAAUCCUUCAUGCUCACCACAUAACUGAGGAGAAGUGGAUUUUUCCUGAGAUUGAGGCGAUCACUGGCGAGAAGGGUGUCAUGGAUGUCAAUGUUCAGCAGCAUCAUGCCUUCGAAGAGGGUCUGAAAGAAUACACAGCCUAUUUGCAGAAUGCUGAAACAGGCAAGGAAAAAUACGAUGGAGCAAAGCUCAAGAAUAUUAUCAACUCAUUCAUGCCUGUUCUCUGGCAGCAUUUGCAAGAUGAGAUCUUAACUCUCAAAGCCUUUGACAAGUAUAAGGAAAAGACCGACUGGGCCAAAUGGACAAAGGAUACAGCCGCAAAGGUGGUGAAAGCAACCCAGACUGCUGCUGGCAUGGUUGUGGAUUUACCCUUCAUGGUUCAUAAUCAUGAGGUUGCAUUUGAACAAGCUGGCAGCUGGCCGCCGAUCCCAUCUUUUGUAUUUUUCAUUCUAAAAUUUCUGUAUUUCGGAAAGAAUUCCGACUGGUGGCAAUUUGCACCUUGUGACAAGAGCGGCAAGGCCAGAGAUCUGCCUUAUGCGCUAUGA